GAAAGGUUAUUAUUAUUAUUCAGACAUGGACGAAGAUGGUUUCUCAUCGCAAUGUCCGAAACACUUUUCGAAACGCGGUUAUUUUAGCGGCGGAGGCGUUUGUCCGUUUUGUCUCAACGAACGUCUCUCUACUCUUUGUCCGGACUGUGCUCAAGACCUUCCUUGUUCUUGUUCGUGUAGCUCACGCGCCGCCGCAGUGUCUUUCUCUCCGUCGUCUUCUUCUUCUUCGUCCUCGUUCUCAAUCUACGGUGGAGACGUUAGUUUUAACUUCUCCUCCGGGGUUGGUUCGGUAGGACGAGUCGCGAGUUUGAUCGAAUGCGAACCGGCUUUUAGGAGAUCGAAAUCGAUGGCGGUUCCGAUUAUACCGGAUUCGGUUAUUGAUUCCGGUUUGGAGAGUGGUAGGAGUAAGAAAACGUCGUCGUUUUGGAGGUUGUUAUUGGGAAAUAGAGGAGGUACUAAACCGGCGGUUAUGAGGAAAUCAAGAUCCGUUGCGGUGGUCGGAGAAGCUGGAUUUUCUCCGGUUCCGGCGACGGGAAAGGGUAAAGGAUGGAACUUUCCGAGUCCGAUCAAAGUUUUCCGGCAAUCAAGAGUCUCGAAGAUGAUAUUUCAACAACGUUCUCCAUUGUAUAGAGGUUGAAGAUUAUUUUUUCAUGUCUUUUUUUUUUAAAGCUCUUUUAUUAGAAAAAGGAGAAAACAAUAUUAGUUUCUUGAAUUUUUUUUUUUAAAUUUGUCAUUGUUGAUUAUAAUUUGUAUUAUAGAUAGAUAUGUGAUUUUCACAAAGUUUUAUUGAUUCAUGUUUUAGUU